UGAGCUCUUACUGUGAAUUCCAGUUCUCCAAUACAGAGCUGUUCCCUGCCUCCCAGUCUGUGCCCUCAUCUCAAGUUCGCUGAUAAUGAAAUCUGAGCUUUCUCCUGGGAGUGAAAGCUCACCAACUUGCCUGCUUUCUAACAGAAAUGAUAGAUCCUGGUCUCCUGUGUCCAAGGUUUGCUUGGAUUUUUACUACGCAGAGGUAGAGGGAGGCCAGGCCAGAGGUUGCUAGAAGCCUAGGGAUGGGCUCUGGGGGCCACAGUCUGGCUUGGAGGAUGAGGGCAUUGAGGAGUCUUUUGUAGUGGCUAAGGCUCCCUUGGGUACAACAGGACCUGGCCCCAGGACCUCUGGUUUCCAGGGCAGAUGCCUUUAGCAUACCAAGGACACUUGGCCAGCCCCGGGCCCAGCUCUGCCAGGCUGGGAGAGUGGGGGCAUUUCCAGGAGGGCUGGACUUCCCCCAUCUUCCUGUUCCCAUGCCCUGGCUUUGCCCUCCCCGGGGGUACAAGGGAAUGGCCUGUGGCUGGGCCUUCAAACACAUGCCCCUCCUUGGUGUCCAGGCCGCACCUUGUGAGGCCGAGUCUCGCCGUCUUAGGGAUUUAUAACAUCCAGCUGCUUCAGUGACUUCUGAUUUAUUAGCAAAGCAGCAGCUUCCAGUCCUGGCCUUAAGUUUCUCUGGGUGGAGGAAGAGUUGGGGGAAGAAACUUAAACGGCCCCCUCCCCAGCAAGAUGGCAAGAUGUUCCUCUUUAAAUAAAACCCUAGGGUGAGUUCUGCUUUUGGAAUUGGAACCCCAGAAUUAAGUGAAGACUCCUUAAGGAUUCUGUUUCCUGUCUUGAUGAGGACCAAGGAGGGUGUAAUAUGAAUGGAAUUAGGGAAAAGGAUUUGAAUGUGGACUUCCUAGCACAUUGCCCGGGCUGGAAUCCUGGCUCCUUAUUAUGGGUGUGAGUUUGGGGAAGUUAUCUAACCUUGAGGGGCCUCAGCUUCCUUAUCUGCAAAAUGGGGUUGUGACAGUAUCAACUUCAUAGAGCCGGCACAAGGGUGCGAUGAGCUGACGGCUGUGAAAGAAGCAUGUGCCUGGGAGGAACACUGUGAAUGCCCAGCAAGUGCUUGCCUUCCUUGGUAUUAUUUGACCCACAGCAUCUAGAACAGUGCCUGGCACAUACAGGAGUUCUGAUAGAUGUCUGUGAAUAAAUACAAAGGAAGCGCAUCCAAAUGAAAUGACGCUGCAGCCAAAGAACAGACUCCUGAAUAAUUUAAAAAUAUGACCUGGCACUAUUAUUGAUGACAUUCCCUGUCUGUUUCUUGAAAACCAUUCACAUUCACCAUGGGGCACUGGGGCAGAGCAGGCCUGCACUCGCAGGGGAGUCAGGUUUAACGUAGAGGGGCUUUUCUCCCUGGAUACCUGGCCCAGCCCCAUGAUGGAGGCCAGCAUCUUCUGCCACUAUGGGAUGAGGUCAGGGUGGGAUGCAGUGUGGUCGGGAUUGUGGUUUUUCUCUGAUCACGUUGAGAAGUUCCUAAGACUGAACUGUGCCCCUUUCUCUCUUGACUGCCACUUGGUGAUCUGGUACUGAUUCCCAAAGAAGUGAAAUUUCAUAUUUAAAACACGACUUGAUUUCUGCAUCUGAACGGUGGGAGUGAGGACCCUGGCCUCCGAGAGUCUUAUAGGGAAUAACACGGUGCUAGAAGUUGGGUGAGCUGAGCCAGGCAGAACUGCAGGUUUGGGAAAUGAGGAUCCACUCACCCACUCCCAAAGGAGUCAUGUCAAAUAGUGGGGUGUGGGAAGAAUCUUCACAAAGCACGUGAGUUCACCCUAUCAGCUGUGAACCAACAGAUCCACAGGACCAGACAGCAAAGGGGAGGAACAUGCUCUAAGUCUCAGAAGUAUCUGCCUGCCCAGUCCCCAUCAUGCUGAUUCACAAAUGGGCUGGGGCCAGUAAUGGCAUGCAUGUUUGAAGGCCAAAUAUGUUUAAACUGGAGGAACAGGAAGCCAAAUCUCCUUAGAGGGAAAGAACUGGACUCUGGAGAACCUACCAGAUGGGGGUUAAAGCAGGCCUGUGAGCUCAGGCCGGUUCCUCUACCUCUGUGCCUUGGCUUUCUCUCCUGUGAAGUGGGCAGAUAUUGGCUUCCACAUCUGGUUCUUGCUAGAAGGACACGAGCUGAUGCAGGGAAGGGGCUUGGCGCAAAAAUGUUAACUGAGAUCAUGUGGCGAUCUUGGUGUUUUAAUUCAGACUCUGUGAGGUGCAUCAAGGUCAGGAAUGCUCCCUGGUCCACUUUCGCUUUGAGUUUCAGGUAGCUGGUGUCACUUCGGUGUGGUUGGAAGAAGGCUCUCUCCCCAGCUGCAUCCCCGAGGCGCCCUUUCGACCUGGAGGCCGGGUCUGCUGGCCACAGGGCUGCCGCACUGGCUGGGACUGCCAGCUGGGCCUGGAGACGCUGGUGGCUGUGGACUCCCCAGCUUGGAGCAGUCCCUCUUUGACCUCGCCCCGUGGAGAAGCAGCCCCAUGAAGGUGCCCAGCCAUGCAAUGUUCCUGGAAGGCCGUCCUCCUCCUUGCCCUGGCCUCCAUUGCCAUCCAGUACACGGCCAUCCGCACCUUCACCGCCAAGUCCUUUCACACCUGCCCCGGGCUGGCGGAGGCCGGGCUGGCCGAGCGACUGUGCGAGGAGAGCCCCACCUUCGCCUACAACCUCUCCCGCAAGACCCACAUCCUCAUCCUGGCCACCACGCGCAGCGGCUCCUCCUUCGUGGGCCAGCUCUUCAACCAGCACCUGGACGUCUUCUACCUGUUUGAGCCCCUCUACCACGUCCAGAACACGCUCAUCCCCCGCUUCACCCAGGGCAAGAACCCGGCCGACCGGCGGGUCAUGCUGGGCGCCAGCCGCGACCUCCUGCGGAGCCUCUACGACUGCGACCUCUACUUCCUGGAGAACUACAUCAAGCCGCCACCGGUCAACCACACCACCGACAGGAUCUUCCGCCGCGGGGCCAGCCGGGUCCUCUGCUCCCGGCCUGUGUGCGACCCUCCGGGGCCCGCCGACCUGGUCCUGGAGGAGGGGGACUGUGUGCGCAAGUGCGGGCUACUCAACCUGACCGUGGCGGCCGAGGCGUGCCGCGAGCGCAGCCACGUGGCCAUCAAGACGGUGCGGGUGCCCGAGGUGAACGACCUGCGCGCUCUGGUGGAAGACCCGCGGUUAAACCUCAAGGUCAUCCAGCUGGUCCGAGACCCCCGCGGCAUUCUGGCUUCGCGCAGCGAGACCUUCCGCGACACGUACCGGCUCUGGCGGCUCUGGUACGGCACCGGGAGGAAACCCUACAACCUGGACGUGACGCAGCUGACCACGGUGUGCGAGGACUUCUCCAACUCCGUGUCCACCGGCCUCAUGCGGCCACCGUGGCUCAAGGGCAAGUACAUGUUGGUGCGCUACGAGGACCUGGCCCGGAACCCUAUGAAGAAGACCGAGGAGAUCUACGGGUUCCUGGGCAUCCCGCUGGACAGCCACGUGGCCCGCUGGAUCCAGAACAACACGCGGGGCGACCCCACCCUGGGCAAGCACAAAUACGGCACCGUGCGAAACUCGGCGGCCACGGCCGAGAAGUGGCGCUUCCGCCUCUCCUACGACAUCGUGGCCUUUGCCCAGAACGCCUGCCAGCAGGUGCUGGCCCAGCUGGGCUACAAGAUCGCCGCCUCGGAGGAGGAGCUGAAGAACCCCUCGGUCAGCCUGGUGGAGGAGCGGGACUUCCGCCCCUUCUCGUGACCCGGGCGGCGCGGGUGGGGGCGGGAGGCGCACGGUGUCGGUUUUGAUAACAUGGACCGUUUUUAACUGUUGCCUUAUUUCCCCCUCCCUCUCCCACCUCAUCUUCGUGUCCUUCCUGCCCCCAGCUCACCCCACUCCCUUCUGCCCCUUUUUUGUCUCUGAAAUUUGCACUACGUCUUGGACGGGAAUCACUGGGGCAGAGGGCGCGUGAAGUGGGGUCCCGCCCCCACCCCACCCCACCCCAUUCAGACACACGGAUGUUGGGUCUCUGUGCGGACGGUGACAAUGUUUACAAGCACCACACUUACACAUCCACACACGCACACGGGCACCCGCGAGGCGACUUCUCAAGCCUUUGAAUGGGUGAGUGGUCGGGUAUCUCGUUUUUGCACUGUCUUACUAUUCAAGAUAAGAGGAUACAAACAAGAGGACCACUGGUCUCUAAUUUAUGAAUGGUGUCCAUCAUUUCCCCAUCCCUGCCUCCUGCCCCUGACGCCCAUUUCCCCCCUUAGAGCAGCGAAACUGCCCCCUCCUGCCCGCCCUUGCCUGUCGGUGAGGCAGGUUUUUACUGUGAGGUGAACGUGGACCUGUUUCUGUUUCCAGUCUGUGGUGAUGCUGUCUGUCUGUCUGAGUCUCGUGGCCGCCCCUGAACCAGUGAUGACUGAUGAAUCUUAUGAGCUUCUGAUUGAUCUCGGGGUCCAUCUGUGAUAUUUCUUUGUGCCAAAAACAAAAAAAAAAGAGUGGAUCAGUUUGCUAAAUGAACAUUGAAAUUGAAAUGCUUUAUCUGUGUUUUCUGUAAAUAAAAGAGUGCAAUAA